AGAGCUGUCUCAUUAGACACCUGUCUAGUAAGACAUCAAGGAUUAAGACAGCUGUCUUAAGUUUUCGAACACAGCCCAACAGUCGGGUCAGUGUGGGCCAGCAGUUUGUGUUUGUUGGUCAUUGUCGGGUACUGUCGGGAGAGUUCAACAUGUUCAGUCGGGUCGGGUGAAGUUGUUGAAUGUCUGACCAAUGUGGAGGGAUUUCCAACGAACUCCAACAUUCUGACAGCUCGUUACCUAGUUACAACUAGGUUUACUCGCAUGCAUAACAUCCUCGAGCUCUCUUUGAUGUUGAUUUUAACUGUUUACUCACUUCGUAAUUUUAACUGAUUUUAAAAUCUGAAAAUGGCUGGUUUCUGGACCCAAGAACGGGAAGAUGUACUCCUGGAGUUAUGGGAAGAGAGAAACAAUCUAUACGACGUUAGGAGUCAGGCAUACUCCAACCGAGAUAGCAAAAGUGCCGCAAUACGAAACAUUGCAGAAAAAUUGGAGACUACUGAAAAUGCAGUCAAAGCAAAGAUGGAGUCGAUGAGAACACAGUACAGUCGCUACCUAAAGGCCAAGCCAUCGGGAACGCUUCAUCGGCCACUACAUAAUACGGAUACAUUAACUGCAACCGACGAUGCACCAUCAGAAGGGAUUGAGGUUGAAGAUAGCUCUAUGACCGCUAUCACCAUCAGCUCAGAAGACCCUGAUGUGACGGCAGUUGAUGGGGGAGAGGAGGAAACUGCCAGUGUUUCUUAUUUCACCCCCCCACUUUCUACACCUCGACGUAAGAGGAAGUCUCCAGACGCUCAGGCUCAAGACAGAGACUUACAAAUGCUUGAGGCUAUCAAUUGUACACUGCGCUCUCUCACUGAGAGUACAGCUGUGAAGCAACAACAAGACCACAUUACAUCUUACUGUCAAUACCUGGAACAUGAGUUAAGAGCAAUGGAACAACUAGAUCCACAGUAUUUUCGAUUUGUGCAAUGUGAAAUAGGUCGGCUUAUCUAUAACCCUAAUUCACCCAACCAUCCAUAUGGACCUUCCGAACGCCAAUUGUGAAUGUGUGUGUUUGUGAAGGAGUGCAUUCAGCUCUCUCCCUCUCUUCCUCCAUAUUCUCUUCUCUGCCCCGCUCUUAUCUGUCUCUCUCUCUUCCCCUCUCUCUCUCUGGCUUAAUUAUUUAUUAUUAGUGCUGUCAGUUAAACGCGUUAUUAACGGCGUUAACGCAAACCCAAAUUAACGGCGUACAUUUAUUUAUCGCGCGAUUAACGCUCUUUUUGACCGAGCAAACUUUGUCGUUUUUUUCACAUUCUGUUGC